CGUUUCCCUCUAUUAUUUUCCACUCAGUUCCUCGCAGUUUAAAAUGGCGGCGUUGAGCAGCGCCGAGUCCCCACCGCCCGUCUUUAACGGAGACUCUGCGGAGCCGGGCAGGGAGCCGGGCCUGGAGGAGCUGGGUGCCGGCCUGGCCUCCUCCUGUACGGAGGGGAUCCCCGGAGGUCCGCAGGAUGAGGAGAUCUGGAAUAUCAAACAGAUGAUAAAGUUGACACAAGAACACUUAGAGGCCCUUCUGGACAAGUUUGGGGGUGAACACAAUCCUCCUUCCAUAUAUCUCGAGGCCUAUGAGGAGUACACCAGUAAACUGGACGCCCUACAGCAGAGGGAGCAGCAGCUGCUGGAGGCCAUGGGCAACGGCACAGACUUAUCCUGCUCUCCUGAACCCAUGCCAUCCUUUCUGGAGGUCACCAUGGGAGGUUGUGGGGUCACAGGGGGGGCUCAGGCCUAUCCCUCGGCCCCCAACACCUUGGCUGUCCUGCAGACCCCCUUCGACGCCAGCAGAGCAAACCCCCGCUCCCCCCAGAAGCCCAUCGUCAGGGUCUUCCUGCCCAACAAACAGAGAACAGUGGUACCGGCCCGCUGUGGGAUGACUGUGAGAGACUCGCUGAAGAAAGCUCUGAUGAUGCGAGGCCUCAUCCCAGAGUGCUGUGCGGUCUACAGGAUGCAGGACGGAGAGAACAAGCCCAUUGGCUGGGACACAGACAUCUCCUGGCUGACAGGAGAGGAGUUACAUGUAGAAGUGUUGGAGAAUGUGCCGCUCACCACACACAACUUUGUCAGGAAGACCUUCUUCACGCUGGCCUUCUGUGACUUCUGUAGAAAGCUGCUGUUCCAGGGUUUCCGCUGUCAGACCUGUGGCUAUAAGUUCCACCAGCGGUGCAGCACUGAGGUCCCCCUCAUGUGUGUCAACUACGACCAACUAGACUUGUUGCUAGUGUCCAAGUUCUUCGAGCAUCACCCGUUCACCCAGGAGGACGUCUGCUCCGAGGGCACCACCCCCGUGUCUGAGGCCUGUCCGUCACUUCCCCCAUCUGACUCCACCGGGUCGAUAUGCCACUCCCCGUCCAAGUCCAUACCCAUCCCUCCCAGUUUCCGGCCCAGUGAGGAGGACCACCGCAACCAGUUUGGCCAGCGGGACCGCUCGUCCUCGGCCCCCAACGUCCAUAUCAACACCAUCGAGCCUGUCAACAUCGACGACCUGAUUCGAGAUCAGUGCUUGCCAAGGUCGGAUGGAGCCCCCCCGACCUACCCCGCCCGCUGCUUGAGGAAGCACCGAACACGGACCUCAAGCCCCCUCCUAUACUCCUACCCCAAUGACAUAGUGUUUGAUUUUGAGCCCGAGCCUGUUUUCCGAGGCUCCACCGCAGGGCUGUCGGCCACGCCCCCCGCCUCUUUACCCGGCUCUCUGACCAAUGUCAAGAUUGCACAGAAGUCGCCGUGCCAACAGAGGGAGCGCAAGUCGUCGUCGUCGUCCGAGGACCGCAAUAAAAUGAAAACUCUGGGGAGGAGGGACUCUAGCGACGACUGGGAGAUCCCCGAAGGUCAGAUCACUCUGGGGCAGAGGAUAGGCUCCGGCUCCUUUGGAACCGUCUACAAGGGAAAGUGGCAUGGUGACGUGGCAGUGAAGAUGUUGAACGUCACCGCACCCACACCACAACAGCUUCAGGCCUUCAAGAAUGAAGUGGGAGUCCUCAGGAAAACGCGUCAUGUGAACAUCCUGCUGUUCAUGGGCUACACCACCAAGCCUCAGCUGGCCAUCGUGGCCCAGUGGUGUGAAGGCUCCAGUCUGUACCACCACCUGCACAUCAUCGAGACCAAGUUCGAGAUGAUCAAGCUGAUCGACAUCGCCCGGCAGACCGCUCAGGGCAUGGAUUACCUGCACGCCAAAUCAAUCAUCCACAGAGAUCUGAAGAGCAACAAUAUUUUCCUCCACGAGGAUCUGACGGUGAAGAUUGGGGACUUUGGUCUGGCUACAGUCAAGUCCCGUUGGAGUGGCUCCCACCAGUUUGAACAGCUGUCCGGCUCCAUUCUGUGGAUGGCUCCAGAGGUGAUCCGGCUGCAGGACAAGAAUCCCUACAGCUUCCAGUCAGACGUUUACGCUUUCGGCGUUGUGCUGUACGAGCUUAUGUCCGGAGCACUGCCCUAUUCCAACAUCAACAACAGAGACCAGAUCAUAUUCAUGGUGGGUCGAGGUUACCUGUCCCCUGACCUCAGCAAGGUGCGCAGCAACUGUCCAAAAGCCAUGAAGAGACUGAUGGCUGACUGCCUGAAGAAGAAGAGAGAGGAGCGACCUCUCUUCCCUCAGACCUUGGCGUCCAUCGAGCUGCUCGCACGUUCAUUACCCAAAAUCCACCGCAGCGCCUCAGAGCCUUCGCUAAACCGAGCCGGCUUCCAGACGGAGGACUUCAGCUUGUACGCCUGCGCCUCCCCCAAAACCCCCAUCCAGGCCGUCGGCUAUGGGGAGUUCUCGGCAUUUAAGUAAUUGCUGCAGAACCCAUCAGUCCAUCCCUCGUCACUUCUCAAAGUCUCGUGUCCAUACGGUGGAAUCAUUCAUUAUCGAAAAAAAACUGAAAAAAUGUGUCUCAAUGAAUGUGCUUUUUUCUUCCUCUGUCAACCUGGAGAAGGCAAGCCUCACUGGAGUCCUUUUUUUUUUUUAAACAAAAAAGCUGUCCAGCAGGCAAACGGCCACAGCGACAGACAAAACUGAAUUAGGGAAAAAAAACAAAAAUCACAUGAAAAGAAAGGAAAAACACAAAGAUGUGCGGUUCUGAGGAGAAGACGGCAGACUCCACAGAUGCCUGCUGGAGGGGGAAAGAUGAAGGGAACAGGAAGUGGUGACGGAGGUAGAAGAAGUCGAGCCUUAGGGCGCCCCUCGUCCAAUCAUUUCCUGGACUGCUCUUUGAGCGCCGGCGGAAGAAGAGGCUUCCCGUGGUGGAGAUGUGAUGAGGCCAGGUGUUAAAACAUCCCGAGACGAGCUGAAACUCAGCAGGCGAAGGAAUCUGACUUGAAAUAUGGAUUUAUCUUUGAAUUCUUUCACAUUUUUAGCUAGCAGAAAUGCUGAGCUUUUUUUUUUUUGUUUUGUUGAAGGAAUGGUAGCUAUUUUAGAAAUCCCUCCUGUCACGCAGCACAGGCUUUUCUUUAUAUUUGUGGGCAGACCAAAUUCUGCAAAAUACACAUUUAAACAAAUUCAACACCCGUGAAUUUUCCUUCAAAGAUUUCAAAUGUGUAGAUUUCUGGUAGACAGAAGUUGUUCUUCAGGAAGGAAAAUGCUCAUUUGUUUGUCCUGAAAGCUACAGCAUUGUAACGUUAAUUGGCCUUUUUAGGUGAGAUUGAGCCACUCCUCCUUUUCAAAGGUUUUCACGUGAAAGCAACAGAACUGGUUCUACCCGCAGAUUUCCAAGAGAAAGCAAAGGAGCUGUACACAGGGAGGAAAAAAAUACAGAUGUGUUUGGUGAAAGCUACACAAGAGGGGUUUAUAUUAUGUUGGACAAGCCUGGUCUGAGCUGAGCUAGUGCCCAGCGUUUACACUGUGUGUACAGUAAGUUGUUACACAGCAUCUUUACAGCUACGCUUUUCCCUUUUUGCUUAUCAUGUUUUUUUCCACAACCUUUUUUUUUUUGUAAAACCAAGUGCAUGUAGUGUCAUUGUUUCUUUUUCAUGUGGCUUUAAUAUUGCACUCAAAUGUGGACCUUACUUGCUUUCCGCUGCUGACUAACCUGCUGAAAGGACUGGUGAUCCUCUGGAGAGUCAUGAGGAAAAAUCUGAUUUUUAAUCACACCGCUUUACUUUCUCUACACACGUGCACCUGUACUCUUUCAUUCCAGCGUGUGUUAAGGGUUGUAGGUGUUGUUACAGGUUAUUUUAAUUUUGUUAUCGUCAAUGUUUGCCUUGUUCUGUACAGGCAGGCCUGCAGAUAUUUACUUAUUUAUGUUUUAUGGAUUUAUUUUCGCUUUAUUUGAAGCUAUCAGUCUUUCUUUUCGACGCUUGUUUUAGUCUUUGUGACUCGUGUACUUGCACUUUGUAGAGAUGGAUUGAAGCAAAUGAGCGACUUGCCUUUUUUCGUUUUGAUUUUGUUUUUAUCGAAGAAAAAAUUGUGACAUACAGAGCUGAUGACCCAAAACGAAACGUCCAAUGCAUGAGCCAUCUGCAGGGGCUGAUCUAUGAAUUAUUUUUGCUUGAAAAGACUCAGUUGUCAUCUAUGACUUUAUAUUAAAAGAAAAAGCCUCCGGCAGCCGAGUAUGUCGCCAUAGCUACAAGGAGACUGCUGCUCUGAUAAAUUGUGGAGGUAGAGCACACAGCUAGAGCAUCUAUCCAAGCACUGGGGGACUUCUCAUUCAUCGAGGAUAUUUUUCAUGCCAUCCUUUACCCGCCCACAGCCAUGUUAUUAAUGGUUUUGUUGCCUCCCUUUUAUGGACAUUUAUUUACAUUUAUUGUCUCAUCUUUGUGCGUUCAGGAAAGAAAAAGGACUGCAGAGAUUUAACCUAGCCUAGCACAAAGACUGGAAGCAGUAGGAAAGUGCUAGCCUUGACCCAGAACAAUCUUAUUCCCUCCAUUGAUUUUCACUGUGUAGCUCAUUAAAUAAUUUAGAAGCAUGUUGAAAAUACAAACCACUAAGACAUGUUUUAUGGCAUUUUAAACUAGGCCAGGUAGUGAUUAACAAAAUGUCAGCCACCUGUUUUUGUUCCACACUUCAAAAAUGACUAAGAAAAUUAGCUACCAUCCAGUCAGUUUGUAUUUUUAACAUUCCGCCAAUUAAUAAUUUGAUGAGCAGCUCAGUGUUCUCAAACAAGUAUCUCUGGACUGGAUACGACCCGGGUUAAGACAGGAGACAAAAGCAUGAAUAGCCAAACACAAAUCUGCGUUAAGCCUGAUGAUGCCUACUGGUGAAAGGAAGGAAGUUAGUUAAUUUCAAAUGGCUAUUGGAUGGUCUUUGGUCCGAUAUGAUGUCACUAUGAAGAUACUGGUGGUUGCAGAGCAUUAAGGGUUGGGCAAAGGCUUGAAAGUAAUAUCCUAGGUUUAUUCGACUUUAUUCUUAUCAGAGUGGUGCAGUGACCACAUUUUGCAGGCCGACUAAAAGGAUCCCUUGACUAUAAUCAAUGGGAUUUUUCCAUUGGAUUGCGGAAAAUUGAAGAAAAUAGCUCUUUGGGGGAUCUCCACAUUCUCUCAAUACUUUAAAUUUUUUUUUAAAGCAUUAAGUUACAACAGGCAGAAGUAUAAAUAACCAAUGUCAGGCUAUAAAGGGACUACAUGAUGGUCAUAUGACUCCUGGUCAACACCGCUAAGCUAAAGGGAAACUGCUCGUUUGUCAUGAGGAUGUUUAUUAGCCUCUUUAAGUCACCUUUUAGCAACUGCUGUUUUAUGACACAAAUAAGCUUUGGACAUUCACCAUUGGGGUUUAUUGAUGUAUUCUAUGUCCCAGAACAAAAUGUAUUAACCGCAGACCAUAUUUCAGGCAUCAAACCAAAAACUCAUUAAAAAAAACAUUGACUUAGAGACGAGAGGAAGCGGAAGUAUUUAAAUGUUAACUCAUUUCCAGAUUUUAAGACUCAUUCCUGCACCACUCUUGUUUAUAUUUUUGGUCAUAAUUGUGGUCAAGUUUAUUACUGAGAUCUGGGAACACGGUAGAGAUUUCACGAGUGUCCGAUAUGUUGAUGGUUACGCUGGUUGACCUAUACUUGACUCCUGUGUUGGGGUUUGACUGACAUAGAAACAAUAAAGGCAGUUUAUUAAGUAUUACAUAUCACCCAUGUAACACCUCUGAAACGAUGUAGAAACAUGAGUUGAAAUGUUACGGAAGUUUUCAGAAGAUUUGAGCUUGUUUGGGUUGUGAGGGAGACUUUGAGUAGAUAUAAUUAAUACAUUUGACUGGUACACACAGAAAAGGAUGAAGUUGUGUGGCGAAGGAGAUCAUUGAAGACUCAAGGCUAGGAAUAUACCCGAUUUCUUCUUUUAGUUUUGUUUCGAGCACGCAUUUCUAGGACUUCCUGUCAAUGUCCAUAUAGUCUUACAGUUCAUUCCUAACCUCAGAAAUAGAUGUUGACAAUACAGGCUCAACUUUACUUGCUUGUUCUAGAGCGUUUGAUCUUGGCAAUUACCGUUUCCCAGGUCAAAAAUGAACUGUCGGCCUCACACACAGCUUUUGUCCUCUUCAACAGGAAGUGUGCUGCAUUUAUUUUCUGUAGAGAUCAUUACUUUCUAUGAUAAUAUCACCACAGAUGUAUCUGCUGAACCUUUAUAGAAUCAAUAGGUGUACACACUGAGCCCCAUCACUAAGGCUCUCCACAUAAUGCUCCGCCUCCUCAUCCAAGACUUCCCGUUCUUGAAUUUCGUCUUAUUUCUUGAACAUUCCCUCCCUCUUCUCCUUGCCUGCACCUUAAACCCAUUGAUUCCUUUCAAUUGAGAACUAUCAUGAAAAGCUUAAUGUUUUUUUUCACCUGUAAAUAGUUGUACAAAGGAAAUACUGUCAGUUUGCUAGGAGGCAUGGAGACUACCAAUGUAACAAAUUAUAAAAUGUUCAAAAUAAAGACACGGAAACUAAGAGACAUUUUGAUAGGCAGACUUCUGAGAAAAAAACGGAUGAGUGUAAAAAUAUUUAAGGCUGUAUCAUAAGAAGAAAGAGCUUAAUGUAUUUGUUGUGAAUAUGAAAAACUGAUAUAUUAAAGAAGUGCAUGAAAACUGUA